UAAUUUAAUAGGUUUUUGCCAGAUGGAGAUACAUACGACUUCAUUAUCGCUGGUGGAGGGACGGCCGGCUGCGUGUUGGCUAAUCGACUGUCGGAAGUGGGCGACUGGUCCGUUCUACUGAUCGAGGCGGGAGGCGACCCACCCCUUUUCAGCACUAUUCCGGGUCUUUUGAUUCUGUUUCCCCACUCGCCCUAUGACUGGGACUACCGAGGGGAGCCGCAGCCUCCUCUGUUCAGCGCGUUGGGGCAAAACCGUCCCCUGGUCACGGCCGGGAAGAUGCUCGGCGGAACCUCCUCUCUUAACCAUCUCGUCUGGUCGAGAGGGCGGCAGUAUGAUUUUAAUGAAUGGAAUAAAUCGAACUGGGACUGGGACACAGUAUUGAAAUACUUUAAAAAGUCUGAAACUAUGAAAGAUAAAACAAUAUUGAACAGUGAACAUGCAAAAUUUCAUGGUAAUGAUGGCCCGAUAGUUUUAACAGGCCAUGAAGACCGACCGGCCUUUAAAAAAGAGUUCACGCUUCUAGAAGCAUUUCAAGACGUAGGUUUUAAAAGAGUAAUUGAUACAAAUGACCCUGAAGAACUAGGGUUUGGUCAAAUACCUUACACUGUAAAUGAUUACGUUGGAGUGAGACAAAGUACAGCUUCGACUUAUCUGAUGAGUGCCAAAGGAAGAAAUAAUCUUCACAUCCUCAAAAAAAGUUUAGUCACAAAAAUUAUUAUAGAAGAAUCCAGCAACAGAGCCGUAGGUGUAGAAAUCGAGAGCUGGGGUAAACGAAAGCAAAUAUUUGCGAAUCUUGAAGUUAUUGUAUCAGCUGGCACAUACAAUUCUCCUCAAUUGUUGAUGUUAUCUGGAAUUGGACCGCAAGAGGAAUUAAAUAAGUUAAACAUAGAAAUAAAAGCGAACCUUCCAGUUGGAAGAAAUAUGCAGGAUCACGCUUUUUCUCCUGUAGCACUAAGAGGAAAAACCUCUGUUAUUUCAGCCACACAAAAUGUUGUUGGAUUGCUGGAAUCAGGGACAUUUCCUCUGCCAUGUAUACAAGGAUUUUACGGUCUCAACGGCACUGCCCCUGAAAUACAGCAUUUUCAAUGCAUGUUUGGUGCCUCAUCAUUACUUCUUUUCACGUUUUGCCAACAUGUAUUCAACUUUAAACUUGAAGUGUGCACUUCCAUACUCGAACAGACGCUUGUUAAUGAAACACCUUUCGCGCUGGUCAACUUAGAGUUUCCCAAAUCUACUGGCACCGUCACAUUAAGAAGUACCGAUCCCCACGACCCACCAAUUAUAAAAUUCGACUAUUUUACAAACCCAGAAGACUUUGAAAAGUUAACUGAUGCAGUCAUGAAUGCGGCGAUGUUGAAGAAUGCUAAAUAUUUUAAAGAUGGUGAUACGGAUGUGGUGAAGUUACCGUUGCCAGAGUGUGAUGGGUUGAGUAUGGAUAGUAGAGAGUACUGGGAGUGUUAUGUCCGAGCCACGACCACCUCUAACUUCCACACGGUCGGAACGUGCGCGAUGGGAGAGGACGGGGAGGGUGUAGUAGACACGGAGCUGAGGGUUCAUGGCUUCAGCAACUUGAGGGUGAUAGACGCGAGUGUCAUGCCCAAAGAGAUAUCGGGAGAGACCUGCGCGGCUACCAUUAUGGUGGCCGAGAGAGGUGCUGAUUUGAUAAAGGCUGCCUAUGGUAAAUUAACUGGCUAAUUAGUGGACCACUAAAG